CGUCGAGCCGACUGGAGGUCUUCUGCAUAGAGUCCCAGUCCGCGAGGAUCAGCGUUAUCAGUUUGUUGUUAAGUUUGCUUAGUUCCCGUUCUACGUUCUACGUUCCACGUUCCCCGUUCUCCGUUCUACGUUCUACUACGUUUUCGUUGCGUUUUUGCCAAGUUGAAGUUUUAAGUUGAAAGUCCCAUCGAUGCCAUGGCCCAGAUGCAGAUACAGACACCGAUACCGAUUCCAUCGAUGCCAGCCACCUCGGAGCCCACCGAAAAGCUCAGCCAUCCGCACAGCAUUGGCAUCCAGUUGCAGCACAAGGGCAUGCCCCAUGGCCUCGGCCUGCUGACCACCGUGGCCUCGCUGCCCCCCAAGUACCGCAGUCGUUACCUGAACCUGAAAACCAGGUGCGAAAUUCCACUGGAUCUAACGCUGAAGCUGCCCUCACCACUGCCCAGCAGCGAUGUGCCCAUGGCCGCCACAUUUGCGGAGGUCUACAGCGAGAAUACGGGUGCGAGUUCCAGCGAGGCAGUGGCCAAAGUGGAGGAGCUGCCGCCACCGGUGAAACCGCCAACGCCACCACAGAGUCCAGCAGGGAAGCGCAAAUUUAGCCGCGAGAGCUAUGACGACGAACAGCCGGCUAAAGUGGCCAAAAAGGAGGAGGAGCCGGUGGAAACAGUGGAAGCCACACCAGCGAAACCCGUCAAAGUGGCGGAUACAGCGCCUAAAACCAACAAGGCCUCCACCUCGUCGGCGAAGCCCUCCCGCAAUAAAGCCACCCGCAAACUGAAGUUCGAUGAGGAGACCAGUUCCCCCGUCUCGGGCACCAUCAUCCGGCCGCUCGAGGACAUCACCGAUGGAUCGAUGCAGUACAGCAACGGCGACAUUGACCCCAAGUACAACAUAGUCGAGAUCACGGAGGAGACCAAGGCGGAACUGGCCGCCAUCAAGAACGUGAUUGGCGACUAUGUGUGCCGCCUGUGCAAGAUCAAGUUCGAGGACGCCUUCGGGCUGGCCAGGCACAGGUGCGCCUGCAUCGUUCUGCUGGAGUACCGGUGUCCCGAGUGCGGCAAGCAGUUCAAUUGUCCUGCCAACUUGGCCUCCCAUCGCCGGUGGCACAAGCCGCGCAAGGAGGCGUCCAAAAAGGAGAAUCGCAACACCACCAACCAGCCGGAGAAGCAGCAGCAGGCGGAGAAGAAGUCGGAGGAGGAGCUGGCCUUCGAUUGCCAGGAGUGCGGCAAGAAGUUCAAGAGGGCCGCCUACCUGAGGAAGCACCAACUGACCCAUCAGAAGAAGGAAAAACCGGUGGUGGAAAAGCAGUUGGAAAUGAAGCCAACCGCCAGCACCACCACUAUCACGGGCAGUUUCCACUUCAACCAGGCGGUGUCCACCAGCUCCUCCUCCGCCAGCAGUUCGCACUCCGACGAGGGCGUCUACGUGGUGGGCUCCAAUGCCAAGGAGAACGACGACUAUGACAACGACUACCUCUCAGACUCCAGCUCCUCCGCCUCAUCGGCGGGAUACGGUCGCCUCCAGAUUGUGGAGCACGGCCUUACGGAGGAGGAGAGCAUUGCUGCCGCGGCUCUGACCAACUUGAGGAACUGCGCCUCCGUCAUCCAGCACACCACCAUGGCCCACUGAAAUCGAGUGAGAUUUAUGUUUAAUGUUUAACGUUAAGUUUAGUUUCUAGUUGUUCCAGAACACCAAACCCAAUGCAGCUGAAACAGACCAAAGAAUUAGUUAUAUUCAAAAGGAAACUUCCGUUUCCACUUCGUAUUCUUAGUUAGCCAUAAAGUUUAGUUCUUAAACCGAUUCAGUUUCGUUCGCAACAUGAGUUCAGUUCUAGUCAGACUCUAGUUUGUAUCCGUACUUCGGCCCGCAUUCCAAAGGCAAUUUAGUUGUAACCUUAUUUCUAGUCAGUGAAACCAAAGCAUCUUGGCACUAGUCAGCUUCAAUGCGAUCUCGAAAAGGGUGUCUCUUGUGUACCAGGACGGCAUUUCUACCAGUCUCUAGGUUUAGAUAGUUUAGGAACUUUAGAACUUUUGGGAGUGCAAUGAACCUACAACGAAAGCCAAAGAAACCAACCAAAGAUUUACAACUAAUAUUUAUACCUACAUCAUCAAUUCAUAACUCAUCCUUCAUUCUUCUCAUUACUAAUCAUCUUAUAACUUUCCAUACUUCACACUAUCAUAACAAUUUCCUCAUGACUCAUAACUCAUCCUCUAUCAUCUUUGUCAUUUUCGCAAAUCAUUUUCCCACCUUUUCAACCCUUUGCCAACAUUCCAAACUGGAAAUUUCUAGUCAUUCUAGUCACAAGUUCUUGCAUUCCUUCUAGUCACUUAGGGUAGAUAGUCUCUAUAAGUCAGCUUCAGUUCGGUCUACUAAGUUUGUACAAACAUAUAUCGUUCUUCAAUUUCGGAUACAGCUUUAGUCAUAUUCAGGUUAUAUACCGAAACCAAAAUUCAGGCAAAAUUGUGCAGUAAUAGUUUUUAAGUUCGAUUCAUACCAAAAAGCAAACCAAAUCCUAGUUUAAAGCAAUACCAAGCCCAGUGUUGGUGAACCAAAGUCGAGUGUGAGCUCUAGUCAUUUUAGCCACCUAAGAAACCAGGCGAGUCAGCUUAUUAGCUUCUCAGUUUAAUUUAGUUUAGUUUAGUUAGUUUAGUUAGGCAUAGAAACGGACAUUGGACCAGCGUCUCACUACCAGUCAAAGUAUUGAACAGUACAACAUAGCUAUAAGGGCCCCAGGCUUCAGAACCGGCGGUUGUGUACUUAAAGCAAUAGCAUUAGUAAUCCCCCCCGAAAUCGGGACAAUAUCACAGCGCUAUUGUUCCUUAGCAUCUGUACGAGUUUGUGUAAAUUGGUUGUAACCGCAGAGUACAACGAAAAGGGAAACUUUCGCUCAAUCUAGGAAUUAAGUAAGUGUAAGCUAUAUCAUAUGGAACCAUAUCGGUUGAGAUUUUGUGAUACUACAUACUAAGCUUCAAGUUUACAAGAGAAUCGUUGUGCUCGUUUGUGCAUUAACAAUAAGCUAAGAGGAAACAGAUCUUUGAACCAAGUAUUUUUUAUACGUAAUACGAGUAUACAUCAUGUAUUUUUAUACAAAACGCAAACAAUUGAAGGCGCAUUUUUAAUUAUAUGAAGUCUAAGAUGUAAUCGACAUAUAUAUUUUUAUACAAAAUACAAGCAAUGGAAAACCCAUAAAAAUUGUAAAUUAUAAAAGCUCUUGAAUAAAAACGCAAAA